AGCUAAACCCCCCAGAUCCCCCGAAUCUAGGUGAGCUGCACCGCUGACAGCAGGCAGAUAUGGGCGGCGUCAAGCCAAGGCUGUCGUUACCGACGAAACUCGGACGCGAUCGCAGUCCAGGGCUCCAGUGGCAUAGAGAGUACACGCCUGCAACGUGUAAGGGGCCGCGAUGCUUGAUGGUUGAUUACGUGCGGAAAGAGGCGGGGGGCAGGACGCGGAAGGUCAUCGCGGAAGAGAUCCAGGACAUGGCGGCACUGAAGGGGGUGUAUUCGCGGCAGGGCGGCAGAAACGAGGAGACGGACCUGCGGCUAUUCCACGUGCAGAACUGGCCGCAGGCCGCACAAUUCAUGAUCCGCAAGUUCCGGCUCGACGACGACGAGGCGCUGACAGGCCAGCCGGGCCUGGCCGAGUGGAUCCUGCAGAAGAAGCCGCGACGGCGCGCGGGAAAGCCGCUGCUCGCGGCCAAGGCCUGGAAGGUCUCGAGUGAUCCGUGGAGACGCGUCACGAAAUGCGCGGCGGGCCUGGACAUCAUGAAGCGGUAUCCGUGCGGGGAUCUCGACAACCCGCAGAUGGAGACGGAGAAGCCGACGUGCGUGACGGGGCUGAUGGGGUUCGACGCCGAGGACCAGCCCGUGCUGCACUCGAACGUGUUCGCGCAGCGCACCGCCAUCUACGUGCAGUACUCGCACACGAUCCUGCAGACCCCCGGCCCGGAACUGGUUAGUCCCUAUGGCCCCAACAUCCCCGAGCGCUUCGACAACGGCAACACCAUCAUCAUCUUCGACAACUCGGACUCGCACAGCAUCUACGACACGCUGAUCGCCGCGCGCGGGGAGUGGGAGUCGCGGUGGCGCCGCCUGCCGUUCUACAUCAACACGCUCCUCCCGGACCCCGAGCAGUCCGAGGAGCAGAUGACCGGCGACUGCAUGCGCACCAUCACCCAGGACUUCUUCAAGGCCGUCGCGGAGAACUGGGACGAGCUGCUGGACGCCAGCUGGGAUCACGUGAGCAUCCUCGAGGACAAGAUCUACGAGAACCCGGCGGACGAGUCGCGGGCCGGCGAGCUGUGGAAGAAUGCGGCAAAGUGGCUGGUGUACGAAAAACUCAUGUAUGGCCACCAGGACGUCGUCAACGACAUGAGGAAAUACCUCGCCGAGCUCGACGGCGAUACUGGCGAUGAAGGACAGUGGCUUAAGGAUACGCCCGUCGACUUUGUCAGGUUGGGCGCACUCAUCGAUGAUGAUCUGGCUAAACGCACCAACAACCUAUCCGAGCUCAUGUAUAAAUCCGUAGGCAUCCGCGACUCAAGGGAAUCACUGCGACUAGGCGCAAGCAUGUGGCGAUUGUCGUGGAUCACCUUCAUCUUCCUCCCACUCACCUUCCUCGUCUCCUUCUUCGGCAUGAACGUGGACACCUUCGCCUCAAACCCCAGCAUAGCAUGGUACUUCAUCACGGCGGUCCCCUUCAUGAUCCUCGUAUUGAUCCUCUGGUACGCACUAAAACACUGGUUCGCCAAAUCUCGACAACAGCCCUUACAACGCGGGGCUUACGAGGCGCUAUUUACGUCGCUGCAAUCCCGCCGCCCCGACAUCUGGACGCGGCAGGGCCCACGGGAGUACAUCCUCCCGCGCGGCCGCGCGAGCCGCUGGAAGUGGGCGCUCAUAAAGCGGUGGACGACGGGCGACGCGAUUCCGCGCGCUGCGGGCGCUGAUACGGCUGACGACCAGCCGAUCGGCCAGUGGAAUCGCUGCAAGAGAUAUCUGAUCGAGAAGUGGACCAGCGAGAUUAGGAUCGAGCCGCGCGGGAAGCUGGGGGAGGUGGAGGCGCCAGAUACGCAGAUCGUCGAGGCCCUUCUGCCACAGGCUAGGGUCGCGGCUGCCCCCGCCCUGCCGGUUAUGACCGUCCAUGAGGAUGAGGAGGAGGCGCAGAGUGUCGACGCGGAUCCGAAUAGGAACUCCGGGGUGUUGGUUGAGGAAAGGGUUGAUGGCACUGGGUGGGUGGGGACGGGGGAGGAGGAGGGGAGAUUGGGCGUUAAGGGCGUGGACUGGGCGGGGAAGAGGGGGCGGAGCAGUGAGGAGGAGGGGGAGAGGCGGGGGGAGGAGUGAGGAGUGAGGAGAAUUUAGUGGUGGUGGUGGGAGUGGAACAGCCCGGGGAUUUGGAGAUGUAGUGACAUUUGUUUGGGGAUAUCAUGCAUCGGUGACUGAGAAUGGCACUUCUUUGGUUACAUG